GCUCUCUCAAACAAGGGACAUUCUCUCUCUCUCUCUAGAACCUCCCUGCUGUGGUUUCUCGGUGAUCGGGUUAGAAAUGGUGGCUUGCAGCACCGACGGAUUUCCGAGCUACAGUUACUGCUCGCCGGCCGAUGAUCGGCGAUUUUCGAAGCAAGUCUACGAUAACGUUCACGGAAACAUCUAUCUCGACCCUCUUUCUCUGAAGUUUGUGGACUCAGAACAGUUUCAGAGGCUUCGAGAUUUGAAGCAACUUGGUCUUACUUUCUUGGUCUAUCCUGGGGCAGUGCACUCUCGGUUUGAGCAUUCAAUUGGUGUCUAUUGGUUGGCAAGUGAUACUAUACAAAGGCUUAAAGCCAAUCAAGGAUCUGAGCUGGGAAUUGAUCAUUUUGAUGUUCAGACAGUAAAACUCGCUGGAUUACUACAUGAUGUGGGACAUGGGCCAUUCAGUCACAUGUUUGAGCGUGAAUUUCUUCCUCGGGUUCUUAAUGGCAUCAAAUGGUAUUUGGAUUUCCUCAACUAGAUUUAUUUACAUUCAUACAUAAGCAAAUUAUUUGAUUCAAUAGAGAAUCACCUUAAUAUUUGUUCUCGAACCAUUGGUUCUGCUUUAUUAUUUGAUGUAUACAAAUUAUCACAAAGAUUUCUAUAUAUAUAACAAGUGUGAUUUUAUCCCUCAUCAGUUUCUUGGCAAAUAAUGGUUUGUAAUGCAGUC